AUGCGGUACCAAAUAUCAACUUUGGCAACAAAGCUUGCUGCUAUUGCUGUAGCUUUUAUCAUGCCUCAGGCUUUCAGGUGCACUGUAAUGGUUCCUGAGCACGCUGUCCUGGCUGCUGGUUUAAUUUUCCAGAAAUGGGUUCUGGAGCAAGCGAAGUACACCAAGGAUGCUAUCUCGCAGUACUACCGGUUCAUCUGGAAUCUCUUCUAUGCUGAAUAUAUAUUGUUCCCGUUAAUAUAG